AUGAAAGCUCCAAUCAAACGACUACUCGAUCGCUAUUCCCACCGCUUUCUACCAUCUCUAUUCUUAAAAAUUGCCGCCACCGAAUUAUCCGCACUUCCACGAGAAAUUGAGAUCCCAGAACAUGUGAUUGACCAACAGCUUCUCAAUGUAUUUACCAGCCUUGCCGAGCAAUUUCCAAAUACUUGCUUCAACAACCCGACGCUCACAAAUAGUCAAAAUGCUGAUGAGCAUUUGAGGGAACUUCUGGGAUUUGCAUUGAAACGAGAGAAGAGCACGAUCAAGGAGGCUGGUAGAGGGAUUUUCAUCUCGGGACAGGUGCCGGCAGGGAAAGUGCUGUGCGUCUACCCGGGCACGAUAUAUUAUCCUGGCGACUCCGUAUUUAUCAAUUCAAUCGGCAAUUCGUUUGUGUUGCGAUGUCGCGACGCGAUUUGUGUUGAUGGCAAGGAUAGCGGGAUGAGCAAGAAUACGUUCAUUUCGUGCGCGCGGCGCGAUAUGGGUCACGAUAUCUGCGAUUGGACCUGGAUGACAGAGGCGCCGUUUUCAUUCUUCAAUCUCGGCCAGUAUGUAAAUAACGCUCCGAAGCUGGGGACACACAAUGUUCAAUAUAUGGAAAUUGAUGUUAAAGGCUGGCCGAUUACUACCCGGAAGUUUCUACCGUAUACCACAAAAGCGAGCCACCCAUUGCCGUUACGAAUCGUUUGCCUCGUCUCAACGCGUCCGAUCGAAAAUCGAGAAGAACUGUUCUCGGCCUACAUUUCAACGAGC